AUGAGGAGCUCAGACGCCUGCCAAGGAGUCCUGUCCUUUCAUCAGUUUAGUCACCAGCCAAAGACCACAGGUGAGGGUUGGAACUACGGUCAGCCGGUAAAUCCUCCAGGAACUCCUGCUGAAACAGUGCUGGCUCUGAUCCUGACUGCUGGAUCUCGUACCAAACACUUCAGACUUGCCCCCAGACGCGACCCCAGAUCAGUCCCGGACGCCUCAACGCUGAUUGAGCCGUUUGGACGUGUGUCUGAUGUGUGUCUCUGUCUCAGGUCCUGUCCAGAGUGCAGAGUCAUCUCAGAGUUCGUCAUCCCUUCGGUCUACUGGGUGGAGGACCAGGAAGAAAAGGACCACCUCAUAGAGCUCUUCAAGUCUGGAGUCAGUAAGAAGGCCUGUAAGUACUUCGAUCAGGGCCGCGGCUCGUGCCCGUUCGCAGGGAAGUGCUUGUACCUUCACGCCUUCCCAGACGGAACCCGAGCAGAACCCGACCGGCCGCGGAAACAGCUGAGCUCCGAGGGGAACGUCCGGUUCAUGAACAACGUCCGUCUGUGGGAUUUCAUCGAGGAGCGCGGGCAGCGGUCGCUCCCAGCAUCCCUGCCGUCUCUCGAUGAUGACAUCACGGAGCUGAGGGAGCUCUUCAUGCAGAUGUCGGGGCCGAGCCAGGACGGGCCGGAGACCCCGCCCGGCGCAGACCAGUAGAGGCCGGACCGGACUGUGUCCUCUGGUCUAAGUGGUAACCAGAGGCACGCGGGGAGUCUAGACGUGACGGCCAUGUUUGUGGACUAGUCACCGCAAUAUUAAAUCAUGUGAUCACUCUGCAGCUCCCUGAUGUGUUUCAGUCCGCAAAUCUAAAUCCAUCUUGUUGGUAAUUACUUUGACAUUUUAUUUAUUGUGUAAAUACGUAAAUACAGUCAGUGUGAAGUCA